CUCGUCACUUCUCUUCUCCUCCUUUCACUCACCCACUAAUUUGCAAUAUCCCAAGACACAAAGUGUCUGGUCUUUGGCUCUGAAUGGCUGAUCCUCGCUCUAUGGACUCUCUUGUUUCUAUCAUCUCCUCCUCGAUCCCAGGCGCGUUGGCUGGGCUGCAAUCUUCUCGCGAGUCUGCAAACGCAACUCGUCCACCUUAACUACCCUGCGGGUCAAUGAGCCUGAAGGCCCGAACAAUUGCUCCGUAUUGGAUCUAACAUCCAGCAGUGAUUGUUUUGGUCGACCACGAUGAAAUACUUCAGGCCUGUCUUUCGAUGCGAGUUUGAGGGGGCGGCAGAGACGCAGCGGGUGACAAAUGGGAAGGAUGUAAAAGUUGAUACCGCUAUCGUGGUGACUACUGAAGAUGUCUCCGGGUACAGGGUCAAGGCGAGCCCGAAACUGGUGGACCGCUGGCUUGAUGCGUCAGUCAGGCUGGCUGGGUCGGCCCCAGUCUUUCUAUUCAUCAUCGCUGGCCUGUUAACGUGGGCCUUGAUGGGCAUUCGUUUCGGCAACUCGGACGUCUGGGUUGCUGCUAUCUCCGACGUUCAAGCUAUUUUAUGUUAUGUGUUCGAUUCUUUCCUCAUGCGCCAGCUGCUCCGCGAGUACUCUGAGCAGCGCGAAGCCAUAAUUGAGAUUCAGUCUCGGUGCAACAGUCAUCAACGCAUGAUCGCCAGUGUCAAGAAGAAGCUGGGAGCGGAAGGGAUUCGUCGUGUCUCCGAGAAGUGCAAUGUUGAGCCUCUCGAAGCGCUGGACCAGGGGCGCACGCAGUCUCUCUUUGCCCGGUGCGUCAUCGUCUCGGCCAAGACGUUCGGACAUGUUGUCAGCGGCGGUCUUUACUGGGUCUGCAUUUUCAUCUGGCUGGGAUUCGGCCCGCAUUGCAGUUGGUCGAAUCGGUGGCAACUCUACAUCAACGACGCGACAUCGGCGCUGAUGGUACUGGUAUUUGCGUUCCUGGCCUGUCUGCGGGAAUGUUAUGCCGAACAUACGAAUAUCUGCCUGGACGCCAUCUUCCGACUCGAUGCGACUCUCGAGAAGGAGCUUCGUCGCCUCAGCGAGGAUGACCUGCCGAACCAGAGGGAGGUUGGGUUGCCUCCCAAGGAGAACUUCCUGCAGGUGUUGAUCUUUUACUACGCCGACGUCAUUGGCACCUUGGUCGGCAUGAUCUUCCUCGUGCUGGUAAUCAUCGCCUGGGCAGCUGUCGGACCUAUUUUUCAUUUUAACAGUAAUUGGUGGCUGCUCAUCGGCACGUAUGCAGGGUUGGUUGGUCUGUUCGACAGUUUCGUCCUCCGCAACAUCCAAGGCAAGGUGCAACAGUACAUCCAUCGUCAGAUUCGGGUUGUGGAAAAGGGAGACUUGGGACUCUUCGCGGGACUGUCAGUGGCUAUCCCUUCAACUGGAAGCACCAAGCGCCCGUCUCUGAGCCAGCGCGUCUCCCGCUGGAUGAAUGUCGUCAGCUCCCAUCUUACAAUGGUUAUCGCUGGCUUCUUCCUCACCAUUGGUUGUCUUGUCGCUUCAAGCGCGAUGAAGUGGAGUCUCACUGGACAGUUGAUUUCGAACGUGCCUCCCAGCAUUAUCGAGACAUUCUUUAUGCUCAUACUCAUCACUGGUCAGAAUGACGCGGAGGCCAGCGCACAUAUCGACUUGACAAACAUCUACUACCGGCGCCAGCGACUGCUGUCUUUUAUGAAGCAUGCAAAGAAGCUCUGUGAAGAGCAGAAGCUUUCCAAGGAUGCUACGGUUUCUGCACCGUGAAACACCCGCCUACUUUUCGUGACCGCUGUUUGAUUCAACAUGAAACGUGGUCAUGUCAAUGUUGUGUGACUACAACGUCGUUCAACCGACUCGUUUGCAGUAAGACUUGGUAAUUACGUUUCUUCAAUACUUCGAUCUGAUUUAUUGUCCUGUCUGAAAUUCAUGUUACAAUAAUUCUCAUACGUCAAAGAGAGUUGUCUCUCUCUGUGCAAUAGAGUUCUUCGGUUAUUGUCAGUUCAAUUCUAAGCAUAUGUCCCCUUGCAAA